UUACACUUUUGUUUGAAUGUCGGAAAAGCAGCGAGAUUGAUUCAAUUAACUGGCAAUGGCAGCGAAUCUGAUUCGAUUUAUUAAUUUGGAUUGAAGUAACUUGAGAUCUCUGAUCCUUUUGAGUCUGUCUGUCUCUACAGAUCUUUCCUUCUUCUUCUCUCACUUCAAGAUCCUCAUAACUCCAAGUGAAUCGUUUGAAGAUUGAAAGAUGGGGAAGAAGGAGAGAGCUAGACCAGAAAUGUUGUCUGUUUACCUUUAUAUACCUAAUAUUGUUGGGUACAUGAGAGUUCUCUUGAACUGUGUUGCCUUUGCUGUGUGUUUCUCCAACAAAACACUCUUCUCCGUUCUCUAUUUCUUCAGUUUUUGUUGUGAUGCUGUGGAUGGCUGGUGCGCUCGUAGAUUCAACCAAGUUUCAACAUUUGGAGCUGUUCUCGACAUGGUGACAGAUAGAGUAAGCACAGCCUGUCUACUCGUGAUUCUCUCUCAAGUCUACAGGCCUAGCUUGGUCUUCCUUUCGUUGUUGGCUUUAGAUAUUGCUAGUCAUUGGCUGCAGAUGUACAGCACGUUUCUAGCGGGGAAGAGCAGCCAUAAGGAUGUGAAAGACAGCACAAGCUGGCUUUUCAGACUCUACUAUGGAAACCGGAUCUUUAUGUGUUACUGCUGUGUCUCCUGCGAGGUUCUGUAUAUCAUCCUUCUUCUCAUUGCAAAGAACCAAACCGAAAAUCUCCUAAACGUCGUAGUUUCCACUUUAACUCAGAUUUCACCACUCUCUUUCCUAUUGGCGUUGACAUUGUUCGGUUGGUCAAUGAAACAAACCGUCAACAUCAUUCAGAUGAAAACAGCUGCAGAUGUCUGUGUACUAUAUGAUAUAGAGAAGCAGCAGCACAAGCCUUGAUCUUCCUUCCUUUUUCUCAACCUGCAACACUUCUUUUUUCUGUCUGUAGAAACAUCUUCCUAUGUUUUUUAAACAAAAUUGAUUUGACUUUUUGACAUAAUUUCUGUUUGUAAAUAUAAUCUGAUUAAAAGUUUUCAUUGCAGCAGUGAGUUAGAUAAUGAACACGUC